AUCUUUCUUUUCUUUUCUGACCUUGUAUCCCUCACUUCUGUUUUUUCUUCUCUUCUCUGUCUUCUCUGGUCUUUUCUUCUCUUCUCCCCUCCCCCUUUCUCGUCUACCUUCUCCUCUCUUCCUUCUUCCCUCUUUUCCACUGCUGAUGCUUCAGCUGAGAUGACCUUAGACCUCCGCUCCGCUCCUCUCCUCUCCUCCCUCGCUCUCUCCGUCCCUGCUCUCCUCCAUCACAUCCAGGAGCCUCUCCUGCCCUCUACUUCUCCUCCUCUCUCUGCCCUCAUCCUGAACGCAGCCUAGUCUAGCCUUCCUUGCACAGAAGUCCUCUGUGGAUUUGGAGCAAAAGAUGUCCCUGGCUGACCGGAUGAAGAUCCUGCAGGAGAAGGAGGAACAGUGGAAGAGCAGGGGAAAGGGUGCCGCCAACGACUCCGUACAGUUCUCUGUGGCUGGCCGCAUGGCCAAGAAAGGCCUUGCGUCUCCCGUUUCGGCCAAAGAUGAUCCUCCAGUCUUCAUCAAGAAACCCACCUCAGGAACUCCUGUCAAGCCACUGGAAGAAAUUGCCAGUCGUCCUGAUGUGGAGGUCGAAGGGGACAAGCGCCUGGACAAGCUGGAGUCUUUCCUGGACAGACUGCACAGUAAAGGCGUGGGCAAGGGCAGGUCCUCCACCAUCGAGGUGACGGAGGAGAAGGAGAAGGAGGUGAUGACUCUGGAUGACGAUGAGAUAUUCGGGCGCUUCUACAAGCCCGUGUCGCCCGGCGCCCUGGGUUCUACCGGCGCCAUGGAUACAGAGCAGGACUUCAACAUCAUCAACACAGACACGCCCAAGUUGGCAUCGGCCGUGGCGAAGCACAAGCGUGCGGUGCGUCCGUCUCGGAACACGCCGUCGUCACGGAACCCGCUGCGGGCCCUGGCUGCGCGCGACGAUUUGAGACAGACCUACACCGAGCAACGGCUCAACAUCGCUACCGUGGAAACCAAGAGGAUCCAGAUGGAGAGGAUGGCUAAGCACUCUAACCUGGCAGAUGUUGCCUUGGCUGGUCUGGCCAGUAAGGAGAACUUCCGGAAGGUUAACCUACGCAGUGUCAAGUCCACGGAGGUGGUGACCAACAACAGCACCCUGCCCUUCAACAAACUCAUGCUCAUCCACAUCAAAGGACGUAGACAUAUACAGGUGCGUCUGGUGGAGCCCACAGCUCGCUCUCUGAACAGUGGGGACUGCUUCAUGCUCAUCACCCCCAAACACUGCUUCCUCUGGAUCGGGGAGUUCGCCAACGUCAUCGAGAAGGCCAAGGGCUCAGAGAUGGCUCAGUAUGUGCAGGCUAAGCGUGAUCUGGGCUGUAAAGCCCCUCAGGUCACCGUGCUGGAGGAGGGCAUCAACACAGACAGCCGCACUUCUAAAGAGUUCUGGAACCUUCUGGGGGGAAAGUGCGACUACAGAGGAGCUGGAGAGCCUGAGGAAGAUGAGCUGUAUGAGAGUGGUGUGGUGGAGUCCACUGGUGUGUAUCAGUUGGUCGAUGGGAAGCUGGUGCCGCAGGAGGACGCCUGGGCAACCAUCCCCAGUGUGACCAUUCUCAACUCUAAACAGGUCCUGGUGUUUGACUUUGGUGGCGAGGUGUACGUGUGGCAUGGGAAAGACGUCCCCCUGGGCGACAGGAAGGUGGCCGUGCAGCUGGCCAGACGGCUCUGGGGCGGGCCUUACGACUACAGCAACUGCAGCUGCAACCCCCUGGACCCCUCCUCAGCCAAUAAGGACAUGCCUCUGCAGGGGGAGGGUCGGCCCAGCUGGUGCCUGUUAGGUCGUCUGUCGGAGCACAAUGAGACGGCUCUGUUCCGAGAGAAGUUUUUGGACUGGUCUGAGAGGAAGCCCCUCAAAGAGGAGACGCCUGUGGAGGAGGUCAAGACCAAGACCCCCGUCCACAUCACCAACUCAUUAGACUCUGACUUCCGGCCGUGUGACGUGGCGGCCCUGCUGCAGGGCGCCGUGACCCCGGUGAGGACCCUCCUGGAGGGAGUGGACGUGCAGCGGGGUCACGGGCUGGUGCGCAGCGAGGACGGGCGCCAGGCGGAGCUGGCCACCGUCGCCGUGGACGGCUGGCACAUCCGCGAGUUCGACGACUUCGAGAUCCCGGCCGAGAGCGUGGGCCAGAUGCACGAGGGCGACACCUACGUCAUCCGCUGGAAGUAUAGCAUCACCAACGUGGUGGGGAAGCGCCAGAAGCCGGGUGAGCUGAGCAGCGGUCCGGGGAGGGAGCGCACAGCCUGUUUCUUCUGGCAGGGCUCUCAAUCUAGCGUCAGUGGCCGCGGCACCUCAGCGCUUAUGACCGUGGAGCUGGGCAACCACCGGGGGGCGCAGUAUCUGGUGGCUCAGGGGAAGGAGCCACCCUGUUUCCUUCAGCUCUUCCAGGGAGGUCUGACUAUUCAUAGGGGCUGCAGAGAGGACAGUGGCAACAACACAGGUGUGUGGCGUCUGUUCUGCGUGCGUGGCGAGGUGCCCAUGGAGGCGUCUCUGGUGGAGGUGGAGUGUGGCUGUGCCAGUCUGCGCUCGCGCUCCAGUCUGGUGCUGCUGGGCGCCCACGCCGGCCUCCUCUACCUGUGGCACGGCUGCAAGAGCCACCCCACCGCCCGCGAGGUCGCCAAGAGAGCCGCCGAGCAUCUCACCAAGACGUAUCCCCCUGAGUUUGGCCUCGACAACAACAGCAGUGUCAAAGUUCAGGAAGUAGAAGAAGGGGCCGAGACAAAGGACUUCUGGAAGGCUAUUGGCCAGCAGGACAGGAAGGCAUAUGACUGCAUGCUCCAAGACCCAGGCAAGUAUAACUUCACGCCGCGGCUCUUCCGUCUGAGCGCCAGUGCCGGAACCUUCCAGGGGGAGGAGCAGCUGAGCCCCGCCCGUGUCACCGGCGCUGUCAUGGCGAUGCCCUUCCUGCAGGACAACCUCUACUCUGUCCCACAGCCAGCUCUCUUCCUGCUGGAUAACCGACUGGAGGUGUACCUGUGGCAGGGCCCUCAGCCCGAGGACACCGAGUGCACCGGCUCCGCCCGCAUCCGCUGGGACGCCGAGCGCAAGUGUGCCAUGGAGACCACGCUGAACUACUGCAAAGAGAAGAACUCCAAGCGACCCCCCCAGGCCUAUCUGAUUGUGGCUGGCGCAGAGCCCCUCACAUUUACAAACAUCUUCCCUUACUGGGAGCGAGACGCAUAGGCAAUCAUAGU